GAACAGGGUGUCACGUCGUUUGCGAUACACGAAGACCGAGAGUACGGCGAGCCAUUGUCGCCUGGCACCAUGUUCGAGGGUGACACCUCGUUCAACUCUGAUCUUGCCAUGUCAAUGAACGGCGAUGAGACACCGAACAUCGAGCUCGAGCGAGACGAGCGGGAGUUUGGUGAUGAGCUACUACAGCCCUAUCAGAGCUCAUACACAUCUCGAAAGGGACACUCACGGCGUCAAUCGGCCACGACACAUUACAGCUUCAUAUCAGCAAUGCCAUCAGAAACUGGCUCAGUCGCCUCGGGACCUACUUCCGCCGGCAACCCAGCCAUCGACACACGAUACACUCCACGAAAAGAGCGACCGCGAUUUCGAAAUCCUGAAUCUGUGCGCGCCAUGCAGAUGUCCUCACCACUUCCGAUGUCGCCCUACGAGAGCAAUCGAGAGAGGAUGAAGAGCGCCUACGGCCCUGCAACACCAAGCCGAAAUGGUAGGUCUGAGUCAAGACAGUCCUCCCGCAGGGGAAGUAUCAGGAGCCACCACAGCCCAAAGCCUCCACCAGCACCACAGCAAGCGCCCCUCGUCCUGCUCCACGUCACAAUACUGCCUAUGCAGGUCCCAUUUUCACACGAUCUCAUGGACAGGAUCAUGCCACAGUGGCUGGUGGAGAACUUCAGACUGUUGGAGGAGAAGCUACAGGAUAUUAUCCUUAUGCGCCGCGGCCUGCUCAUUCCUCACCCCAGAGACGAGUACGAGCUGCUGGAGGAACGCAUCUUGGAGAGCUUGGAGCUCAAGACACCCCGACUGCUCAAGUGCGGUCACUUCGUAUCACCAGACGACGACGCAGAGAAGGACGAGGACGAUGAUUCUGCGAUUGCUGCUGACGACGGCGCCAGCCGCAUGAGUGGAGGUACCAUGACCAAUGACCAUGACAGCAUUCACAACGACAGCAUACACACAAGGAGAGACUCCGCCAUGUGCUUUGACUGCCAUCGCGAGCUGAAAAAGCCGGGUCAAGGCGUUGGUGCUGGUACAAGACGUUUCGAUAUCAGGAUCUACGCCGCCAACGGCCUCAUGCGCUCCGAAGCAUGGACGGCUGCUUGGACUGAGAUGGAGCGUUGCGAUGUCGAGAUCAUGCCUUGGAUCCCCGAAGACGUUCGCAAAACUCUUGAAAAGAGGGUUAUCGAAGAGCAAGAAGCAGACAAGCGCAAGGCAGCAUACAAUGCCGAGCUUCAGCGCAGGAUCCAGGAGGAUACUGUACGACAGCAGAAGCUGGCUGCUGAGACAACUGCAAAGAAGAGGCAGAAGGAACAGGAGCUCCAACGAAACCUCGAGGCUGCCACCGCUGCCCUGCAGAGGAGUAUUGAAGAGAAGGCUGCAGAUAAGGCCGAGUUCGAGCAGACUAUGGAAGAGAAGAUCGAAGAGGCGAAGGAAGCAAUUCGCUUUGAGCUUGAGUCGCAAGCCAUGAUGGAAUCGAACUCGGUCGCUGAGCGAUUUCGCAGCAUGGAGGAGGCAUUGAGACACGUCUCUCGUGGUCGUCGCGGUUACACCUCUAGCCGACCACACGCAGAUCAGAUCCCACUCAGCACAUUAUUGAAGAACUAUCUUCUCAUCCAGCUGGCUGACCCCAAGAAUUGGGCGAUCCUCCUGUUGACUGCUGCCGUUGGUUUCAUGUCGAUGAACAUCACCACCCAGCAGCCUGCCACAUCUUUGAUCAGCGAUGUGCCCUCGGUCAACCCAGCCUCAGUGUCCGCUGCGAUGGCCACAACCACAGCGUUCUCUACCCUGACUGUCACCGAGACACAG